UUAAAGAGGCUGUUUUUCAUUUGAUCAAAAUUGUAAAAAAAACGUAUUUCUUUUUAAAGGUAAAUGUUAAUUUUCUAGCAUUAUACCAUGCAGUAUGAGGUCUACCGGGUCUAACUCUCGAGGAAAUUUCUGGCGCGGGCGACGACGUGGGUUUCGAGGAAACGCUUUCAGAAAUCGACAUGAUGAUAACACUUCACAGUUUUCCAACUCUGUACUUUCUUCACAAACUCAACUUCGUCAGACUACACUGGUCAACUGCCCAUACAAAAACUGGCACACAUACUUUCCAAAUGAUGCAUAUGUACCAAACUCAUCUCUGGAUCAGCAAGUUCAUUUGUUUCAAAAUUAUUUUACUAGUACAAAAGAUUUGUUCUCUCAGGACGACAUUGAAAUGACACGAUCAUUGACUGUUAAUUUCAAAGAACUUGCAUCUCAUCCAGGUAUCAUAGAAAGCUUACCAAACAUCUCAGAACAACUAAGAGAUAAUCCUGUAAAAUUUCUCCAGUCUUUAAGUCUCGCUGCAUAUCAGGUAUUUGUUGCCUCUUAUGAAUUACCAAGCCAACCAUCCUCACAGUUUUUGUUUGGAGUGUCUCACAUUGAAGCUAGAAUGAAAAAUUAUCAUCCAAUCACUCCACUGAAAAAUCUUAAAGCAAAUUGCUAUGGUAAAUUCAUUGCAAUCCAUGGAACUGUGGUAAGAUUGAGUAGCAUUAAACCAAUGGUCUCACAUAUGGCAUUCAUGUGCAACACAUGCAAAGAGAUACAGGUGUUGCCAUUGCCAGAUGGAAAGUUUAAGCUUCCCACGAAGUGUGAAUCAGAUACGUGUCGUGGGCGAUCUUUCAAUCCACUAGAAAGUUCUCCUUUGACUAAAACGAUCGAUUGGCAAACGAUCAAAGUUCAGGAAAUUAUUGAUGACGACGAAAGAGAAACGGGCCGUAUUCCUAGAACAGUUGAAUGCGAACUCACAUCUGAACUGGUGGACAGUGCUGUACCUGGUGAUAUAGUAAAAGUUUGCGGUAUCGUCAAAGUAGCGGAUGCAGACGAGAACAAAGGUCGGAGUAAAGAGAAAUCAAUGUUUUUGUUGUAUAUUCUCGCUAAUUCUGUCGAGAAAAGUAAAGAUGAUCAAAAGAUUUCUGAAAGCGAUGAAAUUCCAGCGGAGUUUACUCUCAAGGAAUUGUACGCUAUACGGGAGAUUCAAGCUGAAAAAGACCUUUUUCGACUUAUUUGUGGGUCUCUUUGCCCAACUAUUUAUGGACACGAGAUUAUCAAGGCUGGUCUAAUUCUCGGUUUAUUUGGUGGUUGUCAACGUUUUCAAAAUGAUAAGAACAGUGUCCCAGUUCGUGGCAACCCACACAUUCUUGUUGUUGGUGAUCCAGGUUUGGGAAAAAGUCAGAUGCUUCAAGCUGCUUCAAACUUGGCACCUCGAGGGGUUUAUGUUUGUGGCAAUACAACUUCGGCUGCUGGUUUAACUGUUACGCUUACAAAGGAAAGUUCGUCAGGAGAAUAUGCCCUUGAGGCUGGUGCUUUAGUCUUAGCUGACCGCGGAUGUUGUUGUAUAGAUGAAUUUGAUAAGAUGGGAAGUCAACAUCAAGCUCUACUGGAAGCAAUGGAACAACAAUGUAUCAGCAUUGCUAAAGGUGGCAUGGUUUGCAGUUUACCAGCGAGAACUUCAAUCCUGGCGGCAGCGAAUCCAGCUGGAGGACAUUACAAUAAAGCAAAAACCGUCGCUGAAAAUUUGAGAAUGGGUAGCGCAUUGCUUUCACGAUUUGACUUGGUCUUCAUUAUGCUCGACAAACCAGACGAGGAAAUGGAUUCAAUGCUCUCUGAACAUGUAAUGGCUUUUCAUUCAGGAAAAAGGGCCACAACGCCAUUUGAAACAGUCACCGUUAGACGAAAUAGCGAGAAUGAAAUACGCGAAGAAAACAUGAGAACACAAUGGGAAGCAGAUAAACCUUUAUCAGAACGACUUAAGGUUGUCCAAGGAAGAGAGCUGGAUGCAAUACCUAGCAUCUUACUGAGAAAGUACAUCGCAUAUGCAAGAAAAUAUGUUCAUCCAAUAAUAUCUGAUGAUGCAGCUGAAGAACUUCAGAAAUUUUACAUAAAUCUACGUCAACAACAUCGGUCACAAGAUAGCACCCCUAUUACAACGAGACAGUUGGAGUCUUUAAUACGACUGACCGAGGCUCGAUCUAGACUGGAACUUCGUGAAGAAGCAACUAGACAAGAUGCUAUUGACGUUAUUGAGAUCAUGAAAUACAGUCUUGUGGACACCUUCAGCGAUGGUCUUGGAAGUUUAGACUUUAACCGCUCACAAAACGGGUCGGGCAUGAGUAAAAAUGCGCAGGCGAAACGUUUUAUUUCCGAAUUGGAAAGAAUAUCUCAGUUAGAGUAUAACUCGCUUUUCACAAUGGAUCAAAUGAGACAUAUUGCAAUGGAUUUGAAACUUGGUGUGAGUGGGUUUGAAGAUUUCAUUUAUUCCUUGAACAACCAAAACUUUUUAUUGAAAAAAGGCGCUCGUGUUUAUCAGCUGCAAACAUCGAGUACUUUAUGAAACACUUGAUCAAAUACGGUUUCCUCUCGUGUUUUUUUUGUUGAAAAUGGAUGAAAAAUAAUGUUAAAUAGUUGUAUUUGUGUACAGAAAUUUAAGGUCCGAUGUUAUAUACGUCAUUUGGAAACUCAAUGCAUUGCCCUAAGUAAAACCCAACUUAAGAUUUAUAAAUCCUAUUAAAACGAAGGAACUAAA